AUAUGUGUUCAUACAGUGUGUGUUCAUACAGUGUGUGUUCAUGUGUUCAUCCGGUGUACAGGCAGGUACUGGGAGACCGUGCAGCGUCUGAGGAUCAGUCAGUUCUACGGGGCUCCGACGGCUCUGCGUCUGCUGCUGAAGUACGAUCAGAGUUGGGUGAAGAAGUACGACCGCUCGUCUCUGAGGACGCUGGGAUCAGUGGGGGAGCCCAUUAACCACGAGGCCUGGCACUGGUUCCACAGUGUGGUUGGAGACGGACGCUGUCCUUUAGUGGACACCUGGUGGCAGACAGAGACCGGUGGCGUCUGCAUCGCCCCUCUCCCUGCAGAGGAUGGAGCUCCCAUCAUCCCAGCGAUGGCGAUGAGGCCGUUCUUUGGCAUCCAGCCGGUUCUCGUGGGAGAGAAGGUGACCUUGCCGUUUGCCUUCGUCGUUCUGAAGGAGGAGUUCGGGGACGACCCCGCCGCCAUCCUUCAGCAGCUCCGAGAACUCGUUACCACAAAGAUCGCCAAAUACGCCGUCCCGGAGCACUUCCUGGUGGUGAAGCGGCUGCCGAAGACUCGCUCCGGGAAGAUCAUGAGGCGGAUCCUCAGGAAGGUUGCCGUGGAGACAAGCAGCGACCUCGGUGACGUGUCGACUCUGGACGACCCGUCGGUCGUCGGCGAGAUCGUGGACGCCCACGAGCGCUACAGGAAGCAGAGAGCAGAGGAGGAGAAGAGGAAGAAGUAAGAGGGAGGAGCAACUUCCUGUCCUUCAAAGCCGCCGAGCAGGUCCUCCUCAGGUACAGAUGACAUCAUCACCCUCAUCCUACCCACAAUCCCCUGCUCCUGUGUGAACUGCGGGUCAUUAUUCAAUCUGAAUGAAUAUUAUAUAUAUAUAAUUAAAGUGAUUUUAUCUGACUGACUCUUAUCAGUUUACUCAAUAAAAUCACAUUUGUGACGUUUAGAUUAUAAAACAAAUAUUUAAUCAUUUUAAAUUUGAUUUUCAUUUUCAAAAUAUCAGAAUCAAGUUUGAAUUGUGACUUUAUUCACUAAUCUUUCAGUUUUAACAGAUGAAUAUUUUGUGAACAGAUUUUAUGAUUUAUAGUU